GUGAAUUCGCGCUUAGAUCCAUGGGUGACGCGCUCAGUGGGAACGCACCCUAAUAACUUUGACUACCGCCUUAUCGUGUAGAUCAGCCUUUAGACACUCGUGCCGAGGAAAACACAAAUUUGUUUCGGUACGUGGAAAACGAAAGGGAAUUAGGGAAGUACUUUUUGUCCCUUUUUGCGGCUCCUGGAGACCGACGAUGAGUACUGACGGUGACGGAUCGUUUCAACGAGCUGAUUUAUCGGACCCGCGAUGAACCGAUUGUAAAGUCUGGCUAACCUCUCGAGGAGUCGCGGAAGAGCGACCGAUCAGGGCGGUAUGGCGCCACGCAGGGAGGUCGUCAACGCCGGCAGGUCUUCGAGGAGAAGUAACAAGAAAUGGCUGGACAAUUACGUGGACUGGAUCUCCGUCUUCGUUUUCGACCCGAAGAAGUUGUCGGUGACAGCGAAACCGUUCAUCUUUCUGGAGAUCAUCUUGAACGUGCUGAUUGUUCAGUUCGUGCCGUACACCGAGAUCGAUUGGCGGGCCUACAUGCAGGAGGUCGAGGGAUUCCUGAACGGCACGACGGACUACUCGAAACUGCGCGGUGACACCGGGCCGCUGGUCUACCCGGCUGGUUUCAUCUACGUCUUCUCCGGUCUCUACUAUUUGACCUCGCGCGGCGCCAACAUAAGGCUGGCGCAGUACUUCUUUGCGGCGCUGUAUGCGGUCACGCUGGUACUAGUCUUCCGGAUUUACGUGCGGACCAAGAAGGUGCCGCCGUAUGUUCCUAUCCUGAUGUGCUGCACCUCCUACAGAGUGCACUCGAUAUUCGUGUUGAGGCUCUUCAACGAUCCAGUAGCGAUGGUGCUGCUGUACGCGUCCAUCAACGCGUUCCUGGACAAUCGCUGGUACUUGGGCAGCGCGCUGUACAGCCUCGCUGUAUCCAUCAAGAUGAACGUCCUGCUGUUCGCUCCGGCGCUUCUCGUUGCCUAUCUGUGCAUACUCGGAACGCUCAAAACGCUGACGCACCUGUCCAUCUGCGCGUUGAUACAGCUGAUCCUCGGUCUUCCGUUCCUGCUGGAGAAUCCGAUCGCUUACGUGAAGGGCGCCUUCAACUUGGGCCGAGUCUUCGAGCACAGAUGGACCGUGAACUGGAGGUUCCUACCCGAGGAGGUGUUCGUACAUCCGUAUCUGCACAUCUCUCUGCUGCUUAUGCACGUGCUGAUGCUGCUGUACUGCGCGCCUGUUUGGAUCACCUACAUGAGGUCGUACGCGAAACUGAAGUACAUGUGGCGGGAGGAGCUGAGGCCGGUGCUGCGUAAGAAGGAGAAAGUGGACAUGUCAACCGUGAAUCAGUUGUUCAUCUAUCCCUUCUUUGUCGCGAAUUUCAUCGGCAUCGUGUUCAGCCGGUCGUUGCACUAUCAGUUCUACGUAUGGUACUACCACACGUUACCGUACAUCGCGUGGUGCACCGAAUACAACACCAUCCUCAAGAUGACCAUCUUGGGUAUGAUAGAGCUGUGCUGGAACACGUAUCCGAGCACGAUAUUCAGCAGCACGGCGUUGCAUCUGUGCCAUAUACUUUUGCUGUACGGUAUCCUCAAAAAUCGAUCGAGUAACGUGAAAGAGAAAUGAACGGGUGCGACACAUGUCAACGACGCAUUUCUGUCUGAAUUCGUAUUUUCCAUGUAAUCUAUGUACUUAAUACGAAGAGUAAACGUUCGCGUUAGUUCAUUUUCAAUGACAUUUAACAUCCAUCAUGUCCCGAUACGAAUAAAUACAUGUGUAUUUAUCCGCGACUUCGUGAUUUGCAUAUAGGAUUAUUCAAGACUGUAUUUACAGACGUGCAAUUAUGUAUGUAUAUGUAAAAUAUAUUCUUUACGUAUACUGAACUUUUAAUGUAUAUUGUUCAUGUAAAUUGUGCAUGUAUAUUCAAUGUAUAUGUAAAAUGUGGUAUUUAUGUAUAUUGAACGGAAUAAAUUGUUAGCGGUGUUAUACA